AUGACUCAACUUGCCAAGACAGCCGUCGCCGCUCUCACUAAGAGACUCGUCGCUCCAACCGCGGUCGCCCGCCGCACAUUGGCAACUGAAGCUUCACCAGAAGACUACGGUUAUUAUCCAGAUCCACUCGAGCACGCCACUGGACGUGAAAAGAAAAUGCUUCUCGCUCGUCUUGCUGGAGAUGAUGUGAGUUUUUUCUAUAGCUGAAUUUUUCAACGGCAAUUCGUUCGUUACGAAACUGACUAUUUUUCAGCGUUAUGAACCAAAAGUUUACUACCGCGCUGAAGCCUCCACCAAAGCAUCGCCAAAUCUUGUUCCAUCUCACUAUGAUGAUAGAAUUAUUGGAUGCAUGUGUAAGUUUUUUUUUAGAAAAAAUAAAAAUUUUGAAUUUCCUAGUGAAGUUCCAAGAUUAUUUUGAAAAAUAGAAAUUUUGCCCAUCACUAAAAAAAGUUUGCGAAAUUCAGAAGUGGAGUUUUUGAUGCUCAUAUGAUUGUCUAGUUCUAUAAAAUUCGCAAAAUAAUCAAUUAUUUAUUUUAAAAAAUGUUCAGAAAACUCCAUUUCUGAAUUAUUUUUUGAAAUUUCAGCUGAAUUUUUGGUGUUAGAAAUUUUAACAACAUUUCAAAAGAAUUCUAAAAUUUCCCGACUGAUCAAUUUUAGUUGGAAAAUUUGAGAACUCAACAUUCAAAUAUGAAUUCAACAUUUUCUUUUUUCAAAAAUUCUCCUAAUUUUGCAUCAGAUGCGAAUUUUCAUGAAAUCGAUUUAAAAAAUCAAAAAUAAUUAGUAAUUUCCUUUUUUCCUCCGGAAAAUUUGGUUUGUUUGUGUCAAAACAAAAAUAUGUUACAACUUCUGAUGCAAUUUCACAUUUUUCAACCAACACAACCUAUCUAAUUGUAAAACAAAAAUAAUAAAUAAAUGCGAUAAAAGUACAAAAAUGACGAAUUUCCAAAAAUUUUAGGCGAACAAGAUUCCGGUCACGUCAACUUCAUGACAAUCCGCAAAGGAACUCCAAAAAGAUGCGAAUGCGGACAUUGGUUCAAAGCCGUCGACGCCGAUCCAGAAUCCAUCUAA